UAGACCUGCCUCAGGACGUCAAUGGCUUGCAGUUGUUGUUCAUGUUACUUGUGUAAAAGUUGUAAUAUAAUAAAGAAGUGCUUCGAACGUCACGGAAUUCAUACGCCCCGUAAUUCGCAAUCAGAAUUUUAUCACGAUGGCUGAAAAUCGGGACGCGAUAUUGGCUGACUUUCAGGCCUGCACUGGAAUCGAUGAUAUUGGAGAUGCUAUUGUAUAUUUGGAGCAAACAAAUUGGGAUUUAUUAGCUGCGGUGAACAAAGCCAUGCCACAGGAUACUCAACAACUACCUUCUGAAAUCGGCCCAGAUAUAGAAAUGUUAGAGGAAGUUAAAACGACGCCACGUUCAUCUUCAUCCAUAUUACAAACAUCUCAAACUUCGAGAAAAAUGGGAACAAUAAAAGCAGACAUAAUAGAAAGUGCGAAACCUGGGACGAGUAGACCUAACAGUUGUAUGAGGAACGGGACACUCACAUUCCACAUUUACUACCAUAAUAGUGUUUAUAAGAUAAAUAUGCCCGAGUCGUCUACUUUGGAGGACCUUAAGCAGCUUAUAUGGCAACAAACAAGUGUAGCACCCUGUCAACAGCAUCUUCGCGGUUGGAUGAAGGAACCACGAACACAAAAUACGUCAUUGGGAACAUUAGAUCUGCCUAGAGAAAACAUAUUGUAUAUGUCAUCGUUACCGCAGGAUUGCGAUCUAGCUCGUGAGACCGUGAGCUUAUCGGGUCGUAUGACUCAGACUUACACAUUGAAUGUAAAGGAUGAAGUACAUAAUAAAACGUACAAGCUGAAGUUUCCUGGCACACAUACUGUGUUAGAAGUAAAGACAGACGUCUACUCGUUAAUAGACGUGCCUGUACGAAAUCAACAGUGGAAAGGUUGGCCUAGCACGCUAAAAGAUGAUACUGUAGUAUUGGCGCAAAGUGGAAUCUGUUAUCCGGAACAUGAUUUGUCUGUCGGAAAGCUCCCAGCUAAGGAAGAAAAGAAGAAAGUUGUAAAUCUAGUCGACAGCGACAGUUCCAUCGAUGAACCUGAAGACGUGGAGGAAUUGGAAGAUAUUACCGAAUCGUUUAAUGUCGAGGAUGACAUCUUCAUAGACGAUGUUAAAUCCACUAAAGUAGAGCGUCUCAUGCCAGAAAAUGUUAUGGAUGAGAUGAUGGGUACGUUACAUUUUGCGGAACAAUUCGAGAAACGAUACGGACCGGCGCAUCCGGAAUUCUUUGCCGGUACAUUCGAGGAUGCACUGAAGGAAUCGUGUCUGAAACCGGCGAAAGAGAGAAAAUUAUUGGCUGUAUAUUUGCACCACGAUAACAGCGUAUUAGCAAAUGUUUUUUGUACUCAACUGUUAGGCUUCGAAACGGUGCUCCAACUUCUUUCAGCGAAUUUUAUAGUGUGGGGUUGGGAUAUCACAUUUGAAUCUAACAAAGAAAGAUUUCUCUAUUCUGUGACUCAAACUCUUGGUACUGUUGGUUCAUUGGCUGUGACAAGCAUAGACGUUGAUACUUUGCCAGCUCUCAUGAUCAUCAUGAGAUCUAGAUCUAACACAGAAAUAUUUACAAUUGUACAUGGCAAUGUGGGAGUUAACGAGUUACUGACAAACUUGGUGCAGGCUGUUGAUGUAUUCCAGGAACAAAGACGGGCUGAUAUUGGCGUUGAAGAAGAACGUCAAGCUAGAGAAAGAGUCAAACAGGAACAAGAUAGAGCGUAUCAAGAAAGCUUGGCAGCCGACAGAGCGAAAGAGGAAGCGAAGCAAAUGCAAGAACAACUUGAGAAAAAAAUGAAAGAACAAGCCGAAAACGAGAGGCUAGCUGAGAAAGCGAGAAAAGAGGCUCAUAGACAAGCUGUAGAAUCCAGCUUACCACCCGAGCCGCAACAAGAAGCGGGUGACGGCGUGAUGAAAGUAAAAGUACGCUUGCCAGCUGGAAAAUUCCUGGAACGUAAAUUUCAGUCAGACACACCGCUACAGACGCUUCUUAAUUUCCUAAUUGUGGAGGGUUAUCCAACAGAGGAAUAUAAACUCUUGUCUAGUUGGCCUCGAAGGGAUGUAAGUAGAUGAUUUAACAUCCAUGGACUCGAAGCUUACCCUAAUGGAACUCAAGUUCUGUCCGCAAGAAACAGUAAUUCUAGAGGAACGAUAAAGAAUAUGUUAUGUAAUUAAAUUCAAAUGUAGAAAUUAAGUAUCGCGUUACUCUACAACUGUAUUUAUUUAACAAUCUCAAGAUAGUCAGCAAUUAUAUUGAGUUGUUUAUCUUACAAUUAGAUUUUUACGCUAAACUUAUUCCAUACAAUUAAAUCGUAUGUCGAAUGUAAUUUUAUUUUAUAAAAGAGAGGAAAAGGAGACAGCUCUUUUCACACGUACGUAUAUUAUACACUUUAAAUUUCCAGAAAUAAAUUGGAUGCUGAGAAAAAUUACGAUACAAAAUUUAUUGAGAUGUUGCGACGCGCAAUUUGUACAAGAUAAUGGACUGUUUAGGAUCGACGACUCCGGGCUGUCUCCACAUA